AUGACUUUUAAAUAUAACAUUUUUUACUCUGGUUCACUUAGAUUAGAUUAAGAAUCAGAAAUUUUAAUUAAGUUUGCCUGCAUUUAAUUACUAUUUUAAACUGCAUCUAAUCCCACUUAAAAUUCAAUUACAUUUAGCAUCCCAAUAUUAUAGCAAUAAGACAUUUACAAAUUUUAGACCAUAAGACUAUUUAUUCCACCAAGACUCAAUAAAUAAUUAUGGAAUUAAGGAAGAAAAGAAGAUUCUAACUUAGCUUAAAUUUGUUAACUCAAGCUAACUUACCAAAGACAGAAGAAUAAAAUUCGAGCUAUUCAUUUUACUAACUUACAAAUUUUCUAUGGUUGCGCUGAUUCCAUAACCAGUGAAGUUAACAAAUCCUAAAUUCAAUGA